UGCAUGUCUGCUUAGAAGCCUAAAGAAGGAUGCAUCGACGAAGGAGUCACUUGCGUGGUAUAUGUGCUGUUUGUCAGUGCAUUUUAAUUCUACCGUUGUUGCUUUUGCUGAUUUUUAGGACUGCAGUUUCAGAAAUGGUUAGCAUGAAAAUUGUGGAGGAGCCAUCAAGUUAUGGGCUAAACAGUUAUAAUUUUGCCAGUCACACAGUAGAUGACAAAAAACUGAAAAUGAGGAUAAAGCCCAGUAAUUUUACAGGCCCUACACAUUUGAAGAGACUGUAUGGGAAAUGUUUCUCCAAAGAGAUGAAUGAAUACAGAUACGAGUUCUGUCCAUUUUUCAAUGUGACACAACAUGAACAAUCCUACAGGUGGAACCCAUUCAGUGGAGUCCUCGGAGUAUGGCAAGAAUGGGAAAUUGAAAAUAACACAUUUAUUGCUAUGAAUAUGAGGGAAGGAGAAAAGUGUGGAGAUUUUCACAGAACUGUCAAGGUGAUAUUCAGCUGUGGAGACAAGCAUGAUAUAGUGAAUGUGACAGAGCCCUCUACCUGUAACUACCACAUGAGAUUUACCUCCCCUUAUGUCUGUCACAGGGACUCUAUGUUGGUUUACCCCACUCUGAGUGAGAAGCUUCAGCAGGCAUGGGAUCAGUUAGAGGGGGAACUCUAUAGGGAGGAAAUGACCCAAAAAGGGUAUGAUAAACACUUACGAAAGAUAUUUGAGAAAGCAGGGUAUUACAUUCCACAAGAGGAGAAAAAGCUUUUAGCAGAACAGGCCAUUCAACGUGAGGAACAUGAAAAGAAAGAAGAAAGUGGAGAGUUUGAUAACUUACCAAAAUGUACAGAGGAAUAUAGAAAACUCAAAAAAGAAAUAGAAGGAUUGAGGACACUGUUGGCAGUUAAAGAUGAAAAAGAUGCAUCAAAUGUUUCAACAACACAGAAACCAGAAAAGAAAAAAUCUAAGAGCAGCAACAAAGUAGGAAAUUUAUUGAAAGCAAUGUCGUCAAAAUCCAAGAAGACAUGAUGUCAACCCACUGAGGGAAUCUCAUAUAUCAUAGAACUCAUAUACAUUGAUCUCAUUCAUGGAAUCUAUUAGAGUGUAUAUUGGUUGUUCCAUAAAACAUUUGUUAUUGUUAAUGGGAAAACAUUGCUCUAUGUUGGAUGUUUGAGAGUUCUGUAUGUUUUAUAAGUGCAAUAAAUUUGUUGAGUAAAACA